AUGAAAGCCAACAUUGUUACCAUUCUUAAGUACCAUGAUUAUGAGAUCGUCAAGUAUCUAGAUCAUGAUUCAUAUCGUUCUUGCUUCUUAAUAAAAAGUCUCAAAUACGACAUGAACUUUGUUUGCAAAGUUUCAAGAACUACUGAUUUACCACAAGAGUAUUUAGCAAGUUUUUAUGGAGAGGCCGAGAUUCUCUCCAAGCUCAACCAUCCAAAUAUUGUACGUAUUUAUGAUUAUUUUAUUGAACAAGAUAUUUCCUUCAUCAUUCUUGAAUAUUGCUCCAAUGGUAGCUUAUUAGAUCUUGUGAAAACACAAAAGAGAAUAACCCAAGAAAAAAUCAAUAAAUAUACCCUUCAGAUUGUUGAUGCUCUCUCCUUCAUGCACUCAAAAGGAAUUGCUCAUUGUGAUAUCAAGCUUUCCAAUAUAUUAAUAGAUCAGUACGAUCGUGCAAAAUUAUGUGAUUUUGGCUUAUCUCACUACAUUACUAAUGAUUCUAACAAAAUAAACGAUAACAAGAUAAGAGGAACACUAAACUAUAUGGCUCCAGAAGUCAUAAUUGGAAAAGAAUUUUGCCCAUUUAAAUCAGAUGUAUGGAGUUUUGGAGUAACAUUUCCAUUUAUUUCUCGCGAUCCAUUUACUAUCUUAAGAGACAUUAAGAACGGAUACAUAAAGAUUUUCCCUAGAUACGGUCCUUUAGCACGUAUUGCUGAUCAAUGUUUAAAUUUAGAUCCGUUGGAAAGGCCAACAAUGGCACAGAUCAAAUUCAAAAUAUACCAAUUAUGCGGUGAUUCACUUGAAAUUAAACCACGCUCAACAAGUAGGAUUUUAACGUCCGUAGCAAGGCAACAGAUAGUUGUUCACCACCCAAGGAUUACUAGAUUAUCUGCAAGUGCGGUUUACUAA